UUCUCUUAAUUUUUUUCCCUCUUUACGCACCUGUUUGAGAAGUGAGAAACAUGAAAUGAUGAUCAAAAUCUUGUGAGAAUUGCAGUGUUCUGAAGCAUUAUAAAACGUGUAUGGUGCAAUGCGGCUAUAGGACACGUAGGUGAUUGAGAUUCGAGAAAGCGAAACGUGGUAUGAUUCUGAUUUCUGAGCAGAAUUUGGGUGUGUCGGAUUACGUGGCGGACUGUUAGGGGUUUACUGUUGGCCGGGAAGUGCUUUUUUGGGCUAAAUGAUUGACAAGUGGCGUUUAGGCAUAAAGAUGGUGACUGGAUCUAGAUCCAGGUCUUGGGUCGAGUCGGGUCAAUUUGAGUAUGAUAAGUACCACUGUACCGGAUCCCCACGCUAUAAGAGGCAACGGUAGCUUUUUAGGGUUCUAGACACAGAGACAAGGGACACAGACCAAUGGAUGGUGGUUCUCCGAGAGAGCUAACGGCAGAGGCUAUGCCAAUUUUCAGAGAGGGCGUGUAUCUGGUCCUCUCUCGCUGGUCGGCGCUCCGAAUGGCAGUCGAGAAUGAGUGGGGCGGCCGGGACUCGCACUACAAGGCCGACCAACUUGCUUCCGAUAUUAUCUCCUGGUUCACUCAGUCCAGAGAGCCGCUUUAUAUAGAUGAUUUAGAAAAUACGCUCGAUGAAGCUCUGCUGUCUCUCAAUACUGAGGCUGAGGAUGGCAGUAUUGAGGAAAUAGCCUUUAAACUGAUGACUAUGCAUGAAGAAUGUUUAGAAGGGAAUUUUCAGUCUAUUGAAGGGCUGAGGCAAGCCAGUUGUCAGGAAGUUGCAGUUAAUCAUGUCAGACAGGUUGUGAAUGACGAUGACGAUGACAGCGAAAAUGAUAUUGGUGCAAACGACGCCAAUGAGAAUGAAGAUUCAUCAAAUAUGAUACUGGUGGAUGCACCAGAUUCAAGUUCGAAAUUGAAUCCAGUAGAGAUGCCAGUCGAUGACUCUGGACCCAAGGUGGCUUCUGAAACAGAUGGAUGGGUCACAGUUUCACGGAGACGAAAUAGGGGAAAAUGAAACAAUGUGGUUGCAUCUGUCGAUUAUGGUAAAAAGAAAAGAAAAUUUUGACCACCUUUGUGAAGGUAUCGGUGGUAUCACCAUACAGUGACAGUUUCGUGCACGUUGAUGGGUGCGAGUAGUUUCGCUUUCGAGUAACCUUUUUCUUUUCUUUUCUCUUUCAUGGAUUGCACAUGUUUUAAAAAAGGUUCCAUAUUUCUAUGAUCUAUAUGUAGAUGGUCAACAACUGCUGCUUAAUGGUGUGCCUAAACGUACCCAAGGCUCUCUGAACUUGCCGAGGAAAUAAGCAUUUUUUAGAGUAAUAGAGUUUAUGAUCUUCAUUAUAUGUACUAAAUAUAGUAAGUAGUCAGUGUGGGAUUUAGAAUCCUUGACUACUUCCAUUUUCGUAAAUAUUCGAAGACUUUCAGUUGGCGACCUCUGCACUAACUCCAGCUUUUUUAGAUCUCCCUUAUGCAGCUUAGGUGCACCUUGCAAGUAGUCAACAUGAGAAAUAAUUCAACUACUUUUAUAACUUGGGCCGUUUUCAGAAGGGGAUUGUGUUUAGUGUUCUAAUAAUGGGGGACUGGGUGUUAUAUGUUUGUGGGACGGUGCAUGCUGUUGUAGUGCACCGCUUGUAAAACAAGAAGGGGUUCUGGAGGAACUUGAUACUCAUUUUUUUCCAAGGCAAUUAAUAUUCAUUAUUAAAGUCGGGAUUUAGUUUUAA